UUUAUUGACAGUGGAAGUGAUCUGCAAGGAUUCCAGGAGAGAUACAUCAAUGAAUAUAUCGGUAGGGGUGUUUUCACUGAAGUCCCUUUUGAAAAGGGUGACUUCCUCUUGAUUUACAAGGGGGAGGUGAUAAAAACAGCUGAAGCUGAAAUUAGAGAAGAACGUUACAAAGAGGCUGGUUUAGGAAGCUUUAUGUAUUUUUUCAAAUUCGGAAGUGAAACGAUGUGUGUCGAUGCAACACGAGACGAUGGAAGUCUUGGGCGCUUAGUGAAUGAUGGCGUGAACGGGUCGGACAAUUGUUCAAUGAGAAUGGUUGCGAAGGAAGGGAAGCCAUAUUUGGCUUUAUUUGCCAGCAGGAACAUUGGCAUUGGCGAGGAAUUACGAUACGAUUAUGGUGUUACAGAUCUACCAUGGCGAACAUCUGACAAGCCAAAAUUACCGGGACAAAAUGAUCAGCACGGAACCAGAGCCAAAAACAAAAAUCACCAAUCAAGCAGGUCAAAGACCCAAAUGCCCCGAACGCCAACUGGCCAACACGUCAACACUGUAACAAAUUCUAGUCGAGAAAGGGAGUCAGAACACAGUCUUGAAAACAAUUCACAGAACUCAUACAAUGGCAAAGAUUCAUCAAAUGUGCUCGAGAAAAAUGACAAUAUUGCACAGAGUUCUGGAGAGGUUAUCAUCAAUGAGCAGGUGGAGAAAAUAGAGAAUACUAAAGGUUCCGCUGCAUCUGAAUCAGUUUGCCUGCUGAUCAACAAUGAGACACAUGAAAUCUGUGAUGUUGUGAAGGAGAGUAAUGAACAGCCUUCAUCAUGUUCAGAUGGUCAUGAACCACCUGUGUCUGUGCACGAGCUGAGUUGCGAUGAUUUGGAGAUAAAUGAAAUUGAGGCGUUGAAUGUUCAUACUGAAGCCUCGGCGAUAUCUGCAGAACAGCAGCUAACUGAUAUCAUCCUUGAUGCUGAAGUGGGGGCGAUCAUGACUCAGCCAUCCAAUGGGUCAGCCGAACCGCAUCCUAUUUGUUUGGUCAUCAACACUACCGAAUUGUCUGAUAUUCCAAGUGCUGAAGCCCAGAUUCCCAAUGAUGUGCGCCCUGGAAAAGAUCUUGAUGGCAGUGAAUAUGAGAUGUUAGACACCAACACUCCCAGGGAUAUCACCCAAGUUGAUAAGACAUUAUUGCUUGCUGAAGAAGAGAUCGAUAUAAGAGAAAAUCCAAAAGGUUCAUCGACCCCUGUUCUAACACGGCAAAAUAGAAUCCAAGUCGACAAGAUCCAAAGCCAUCCAGAACCAAUCAUCCCACUGCUGCCCAAUGAGUUCAGAGGCAAUUCUGUAAUUCAGCCAGAUAGUGCUCAAAUUGGAGAAGAUACUGAGAAUACACAAGAACCUAGACCUAAAGAAUAUGCUGAACUCCUGCCAAUAUCUCCAACGAUUUUCAUGGAUCAAAGGUUGCCAAUAUCUCCAACGAUUUUCAUGGAUCAAAGGUUGCAUUCAGACAAUUUGUCACUAAAUCUCUCAGAAUCGGAGUAUGGGAUGAUGAAGUUCGAGAACGAACAAGACACGGACGAAAACAAUCACUCACCAAAUGAAAGCUCCCAAGAUAGUAGCUCCCAGGAGAAUGAGACAUGUGAAAACACAGAAGAAGUUAGAUCCAAACCCUAUUCAGAGUCUGGUGAAUUAGAGAAGAGAAACGAACAAGAAGGAUUAGACAAUCAAGACAUAUUUCGGUGUGGAGAUUGUAAGCUGAGUUUCUUCAAAAUAGACGACUUCCUUCAACAUAAGAAGUCAGAGCUUCAGUGUAAAAAGCAAAAUAGUGUCGAAAGGAGGAAUGGGCCGGAGCCACCAGCAAAUGAGAAAGAGAAGGCCUCAACGAGUGAAACAGCUUGUAGCAGUGCAUCAGCAGGAAAGAAGAAAACAACGAAGAUGAAGACCAAAUCAACAGAGUCGAAAUACCCAUCAGUUACAGUACCUGUGUACCAGAGAAAGAGUGAUGGUGCAAGAACCUACGAUCGACGCCACUCGUGUUAUUUCUGUGGGGCCUUAGACAGUAAAGUGUCCCGCCAUUGGGGAAAGGCUCACAAAGACGAAAUGGAGGUGGCCAAAAUUCAGGCAAUUUCGGACAAAGCCCAUAAGGAUAAAGAAAAAGAACGUUUGCGGCACAUGGGAGACUUUAGCCAUAAUAUCAAGGUUCUCCAGAAAGGAGAAGGUAGUCUCAUUGUGUCCCGCCGACCAUCUGUAGCCAGAAACGCAGAGGAGUACUUGCCAUGCAUUUAUUGUUUGGCAUUCUUGCAUCAAGAUGAGUGUUGGAGGCAUGUAAAAACCUGCAUAUUUAAUGAUCGAGGGAAAAAUAGCGAUGCAUCAGCUGAAGAUAACGACUGUUUGCUUGAAAGUGAAGCUGAGGAGGAAAAUCAUACGGAUAAAACAACUUCAGAAACGAACAGAAGCCAUUCCAUGAAGGUUCAGUGCCGGAUUUUCCUGGAAGGUGCUACACGGGCUAAUGAGCCACUUUUCAGCCAGGAUAUUGUAACCUUGAGGGAGGCGGUAAUCAGUAGGAUGCGCCAUGGUCCUAUAAAGUCAGCUGUCGAGAAAGAUUUCAUGAUAUUGAAAUUUGGGUCGAUACUUCUCAACAGAUUAGGAAGAAACAAACAUUAUAUCAUAUCCCAAAGAAUGCGACAACUAGCACGCUUCUUGAUUGCAUUUCGUGAUAGUGUAAAGAAAAACAUUUCACUGACUGAAAUAAUUGAUGGAUGUUAUUUUGAUGAUGCAGUCAAUGUAACAAAAGAACUGUGUAGUGUAAGUGAGGAUACCACAAUGAGUGGGGUCCCUUUACUUGGAACCCCUUCACUCGGUCUACAUCUCGGACACUCUCUUAAACGGUGUGGCCUUAUAAAAAGAGGCAUGGGUCUCAGAAAAAAAGAUCGGGACAUAGAUGAGCAAUCACGAACAUUCCUAAAACUAUUCAAUGCAGAAUGGACCCAGUCUAUUUCAACCCAGGCUUUGCAAAGCUUAAAGGAGCGCCGGUAUAAUGCAACAGAAAUACUUCCAUUAACUAGCGACUUGUUGUCGUUUAAGAACUAUCUGCAACAGCAGUUGGCGACCAGUGUGCAGGACCUUCAAGACCAUCAAUCAUCCUGUUCAUGGAGAAGGUUGUCAGAAGUGUUGUUCUGCCUCGUUACAUUAUUCAAUAAGCGCAGGGGAGGAGAAGUGGCCAAGAUGAAUUUGUCUUGCUUCGUAGAUAGACCGAAGUGGAAUGCACUGGCCAACGAAGAGAUUGUCAACUCUCUAUCACCUCUCGAGGUACAGCUGAUGAAGAGUCUGGACAUGGUACAGCUUCCUGGGAAACGGAACAGAAGGGUCCCACUCCUACUUAAACUAGAGUGGGUAACAGCAAUGGACCUGCUUGUUCGAAACAGGGAGACCUGCAACGUCGUCAACAAUGUAUAUUUUUUCGGACAGCCAUGCAAGACAAAUCAUCUUGCACCAUGGAAGGUUCUCAACCAAACUGCUGUCGCUGCAGGUUGUCUAAGACCAGAGCUGAUAUCCACAACACGAUUACGAAAAUACACUGCGACAGUAACCCAGAUCCUUGGUCUUACACCUGGUGAAGUCGAAUGGCUUAGCAACCAUAUGGGUCACACAGUGGAUAUUCACAAGGAAGCCUACAGGUUGCACGAAUCAACUAUAGAAAUGGCUAAAGUGUCCAAACUGUUACUUGCCAUUGACCAGGGAGUGGUUGGAAACUUCAGCGGAAAGUCAUUGGACGAAAUUGAUAUAGACAAUAUUCCAAGGACUGCUUUUGAUGAAGAAGAUGAUGUUGAUUGGGAUGAGGAUGAUGGUGAAUGCAGUGAACAUGCCAGUGAUUCCAAUGGUAUGGUUAAGAAGACAAAGAACAAACGACGAAAGCGAAAGAACAGUGACGGUGAAGAGGGUGUUGAUGGUCCACAUGCUGAUGAUUCAGUGGCUAAAGGAAGACCAAAAAAGCGGAAGUUGAAAAAGAAGUUGACAGGAAUACAAGGAAAACCGAGAAAAUCCAAUAAAUUGCCGCCUGAUGAUUCACCCGACCGUUCUCCGGAUUCUCUUCCAAGACGAACAGCUCGAAAGGGAAAAAAGAUUAGAAAUAUAGAACCGAACUCUGAUGAACAUAAUGAUUCAACCAUGGAUUCAAAUUAUAAAGCAAGCAGUAGCAGCUCAUCAUCUGAAUGUGAUUCAGGAAAUGAUAGUAUGGAGAUGCCUAGAAAAAAAGGUAAAGCAACUGUCAGAGGAAAGACGCAGAGGGUAAGAUGGACAAAGGAAGAACUGACUGCAUUAGAACUGGGAUUCAAGAGACACCUCUUGAAUAAACGAAUCCCUCGCCAGAAUGAUAUUUCGAGGGUAGUUGGUAAUUUUCCAGUCCUGCGCAGCAGAACUGAUGCUCAGAUAAAAAGUCGAGUUCAGCAUAUGAUCAAAUCGGAUAGCAAUGCACGAAACGCCUUGUUGAAAAAGUCAAAGGAAAAAAUGGGAAAUAUCUAAAUAAUAUGCAAUGGUCAACCAACCAAAUCACAUUUUCAGAUUGUCCUAAAUCGGUGAAAUUUUCCCCGAAGACCAGGCAUUGCAUUUCCUUGCUUGGAAAGGCCAUCAUAAUUUCUUCUAUUUGCUGUCCACCAAAAUCAUGUCUGCUCAGGUUUGUGAUGAUAAGUGUGGUGUUGGUAUGUAAAUUCACUCAUUUUCUUGCCGCUUACUAGAGUUGCAAGUUAUAGCAUUUACAUGUGAUGGCAAUCCAUCCAUAUACCGUAACUUGUAUUUUAGUUUCAUGUUAAUUUACUUGUCGCUAAUACUAGAGUUGCAAGUUAUAGCAUUUACAUGUGAUGGCAAUCCAUCCAUAUACCGUAACUUGUAUUUUAGUUUCAUGUUAAUUUACUUGUCGCUAAUGCUAGAGUUGCAAGUUAUAGCAUUUACAUGUGAUGGCAAUCCAUCCAUAUACCGUAACUUGUAUUUUAGUUUCAUGUUAAUUUUCUUGUCGCUAAUACUAGAGUUGCAAGUCAUAGCAUUUGACAUGUGAUGGCAAUCCAUCCAUAUACCAUAACUUGUAUUUUAGUUUCAUGUUAAUUUUCUUGUCGCUAAUGCUAGAGUUGCAAGUUAUAGCAUUUACAUGUGAUGGCAAUCCAUCCAUAUACUGUAACUUGUAUUUUAUUUUCAUGUUAAUUUUCUUGUCGCUAAUGCUAGAGUUGCAAGUUAUAGCAUUUGACAUGUGAUGGCAAUCCAUCCAUAUACCGUAACUUGUAUUUUAUUUUCAUGUUAAUUUUCUUGUCGCUAAUGCUAGAGUUGCAAGUUAUAGCAUUUGACAUGUGAUGGCAAUCCAUCCAUAUACCGCAACUUGUAUUUUAUUUUCAUGUUAAUUUUCUUGUCGCUAAUGCUAGAGUUGCAAGUUAUAGCAUUUGACAUGUGAUGGCAAUCCAUCCAUAUACCAUAACUUGUAUUUUAGUUUCAUGUUGAUUUUCUUGUCGCUAAUGCUAGAGUUGCAAGUUAUAGCAUUUGACAUGUGAUGGCAAUCCAUCCAUAUACCGCAACUUGUAUUUUAUUUUCAUGUUAAUUUUCUUGUCGCUAAUGCUAGAGUUGCAAGUUAUAGCAUUUGACAUGUGAUGGCAAUCCAUCCAUAUACCGUAACUUGUAUUUUAGUUGCAUUGGCAAUCAAUCCAAAUCACUUGUUAUUAGAUUAGUCUUUUUGAGAAAGGUGAUAUGCUAGUGCUUCGAGGCAUUCGAUGUAAAUAGUCAUUUGUAAUUUGCAUUUUUUUUCAAAUACCCUCAGACUUGAUUUAUGGUGAACCAACUAAUAUGUUCAAAAAGAUUCCGCUAAACUCAGAAAGUAAGGUUCAUCAAAUGUAUAUUAAAGUUACUGGUAAUGUUGAGGGGAAGGGGGGGGGGGCUGGGUGUUGUUUUGAAAGAUAUGCAUAGAUUUAAAGGUUUUCCUUGUGGUGUCUUUUUAGCAACUACCGUGAUUGUUAACCCGGCAGGGCAAUUGUUCUGUUUCUGGCAAGUGUAAUCCUUUUUUUUUUCAACAUAUUUUCUUGUUGGGAAAGUGAUGACCUCAUAGAAAUGCUGUGGUCCCCUUUGCCAGAAAUGUAUACAAAUUGAAUGUACUGGUAAAUUCUGUCAUUGCAAUAUGUGUACUUCGGACAUAUUGUUUUGGUGGUUGAUGUUGCAGGAAUUUUUGGGUCAGCCGAGUGAAGGACAGCAAGUCAGCAAUUUUGUUUAUGAGGACAUCAAUACUGCGGUAGCAAAAAUUGUGGGGGGGGGAUUUUCAGGGUUCAAUACCCAUAAUUCAUCGUAAUGGACAAAUGGCACCCUAUCUCUUAAUGAUACACACUCAAGGGCAAGUUGCCGACAAUUUUGUGCAAAUAUUUCAGCCUAUGUUACAGCUACAACAACCUGGGUUCAGGGUUACAAAUUCAUGGACCGGAACUUUCUGAAUAUCCCAUUGUAUGCAUUUAAUGUCACAAGAGAUUGCUCUUUUGAUGAAUACAGUGGAUGAUUGUACUUACCAUCGAUUUAAUUAUGUUAUUUUGUGCAAAAAAACUUGGAUCAGUUUACUUUCAUCUUCAGUAGCCCAAUUAACAACUUGCAAAACAGGGCUCGUUGACUUGUCUGACUGAUGUUAUUCUUUACGUACCGUGAAUUGCACUUGUCAUUGUGAUCACAAGCAUAUUUCCUGGCUCUGGGGGCGGGAAUGUGGGAUCAUUUAGAAUUUUAAAGAGAAAAACAAAAAGGUUCCAGACAAAUGGGAGAUAUGCUUGUGUUCAGCUUUGGUGACAAUGGUGAUGUUACCAUUGAGCCCCCCAUCAUAGCUCACAAGAUUUUAGUGACUACUGAUAAUGCAGUUCGAAUGUUAACAAAUAGAAAAUGUUCUUAUUUCAACUUCGAACAGUUUGAUAAAAAGGCAUUUCAGUGUCUAAUAUCAUGCCUGAAUGUAGGCGCAAAAGUUCCGCUUUAUGAUAAUUUACUAUAUCUCACUGUAGAGAUCAUAUGUUAUCUUCAGUUAGAAGAGUCGAUAGUUAGUGACUUGAUACCUAUAAUUCCAAAUGGACAAAUGGCACCCUAUCUCAAAGUGAUGCAUACUCUCCUUUGCGCUAACUAUUGUGACACAGUCGAAAAUAUUUUCAGAAAGUGCAGGUUGCCUACUUUUUUGUGCAAAUGUGUAAGUCCAAGUUACCGCAAAUUUAAACAAAAUUACAGAAACGCCUAAAGGCACCAUGAAUGGUUUGUCACCAAAUGCCAGAUUCGGUGCAGGUGCAAAACAUGCUCCCAAUAUCAAUCGGAGAGAUUGCGUCAGAUGUUUAAAAACGACGAGAAUGCGUAUUCUAAUCCGUAUUAUGGCCCUUUUGAAAGAUCACCAUUGCAAAAUCUUCCAAUCUAAAUUCUAUGUGCAAGACACUGUAAAACAAGUCCCAGUUAUUUUUGGCAAAUAACUUAGCAGACACUUCAAAAACAAGUGAUUUUUUGAUGGGCCCCAGUCUAAAAAAUUAACUGCUCUCAUGGUAUGCAUUUGACUCGAGGUUGAAUUUUUGAAUUUUUGAAUUUUUGUUGAGGAGACAAUAAUUUUGUAUCGAUUUGAUAAUGUUUUUUUGGUACAAAGGGGUGGGGUUAAAAAUUUUCUUUCACGUCUUGAAAUAGGUUGCCAGGCUACUCAAGAUGCAGCAAGAUGAUAUAAUUAAUCAUAUGCGUGCACUAUAUCACACGUUGUACUAUUUUUUGUAUGUUUUUAUGUUUUUUCUUGAGAUAUUUCUUAUUCAUUUUCAAAAGUAAAUUACCCUGCAGUUUUACGAGCCUUGCCUUGAAAAGGAGUUGCCUAGUGAGCUAACCGAAAUUAUCCGUACACGUGUCAUGUUACUUUACAAUACCUCAUUGACUUCUUCUUCUUCGUGCUUACCCGGAGAGGAAAUAAUGACGCAAAAGAAACAGACAAAAGAUUAGUUCAUUUUGAGAUGCGCAAGGCCCGCAAAAAGAUUCCGCUAAACUCAGAAAGUAAGGUUCAUCAAAUGUAUAUUAAAGUUACUGGUAAUGUUGAGGGGAAGGGGGGGGGGGGCUGGGUGUUGUUUUGAAAGAUAUGCAUAGAUUUAAAGGUUUUCCUUGUGGUGUCUUUUUAGCAACUACCGUGAUUGUUAACCCGGCAGGGCAAUUGUUCUGUUUCUGGCAAGUGUAAUCCUUUUUUUUUUCAACAUAUCUUCUUGUUGGGAAAGUGAUGACCUCAUAGAAAUGCUGUGGUCCCCUUUGCCAGAAAUGUAUACAAAUUGAAUGUACUGGUAAAUUCUGUCAUUGCAAUAUGUGUACUUCGGACAUAUUGUUUUGGUGGUUGAUGUUGCAGGAAUUUUUGGGUCAGCCGAGUGAAGGACAGCAAGUCAGCAAUUUUGUUUAUGAGGACAUCAAUACUGCGGUAGCAAAAAUUGUGGGGGGGGGGAUUUUCAGGGUUCAAUACCCAUAAUUCAUCGUAAUGGACAAAUGGCACCCUAUCUCUUAAUGAUACACACUCAAGGGCAAGUUGCCGACAAUUUUGUGCAAAUAUUUCAGCCUAUGUUACAGCGACAACAACCUGGGUUCAGGGUUACAAAUUCAUGGACCGGAACUUUCUGAAUAUCCCAUUGUAUGCAUUUAAUGUCACAAGAGAUUGCUCUUUUGAUGAAUACAGUGGAUGAUUGUACUUACCAUCGAUUUAAUUAUGUUAUUUUGUGCAAAAAAACUUGGAUCAGUUUACUUUCAUCUUCAGUAGCCCAAUUAACAACUUGCAAAACAGGGCUCGUUGACUUGUCUGACUGAUGUUAUUCUUUACGUACCGUGAAUUGCACUUGUCAUUGUGAUCACAAGCAUAUUUCCUGGCUCUGGGGGCGGGAAUGUGGGAUCAUUUAGAAUUUUAAAGAGAAAAACAAAAAGGUUCCAGACAAAUGGGAGAUAUGCUUGUGUUCAGCUUUGGUGACAAUGGUGAUGUUACCAUUGAGCCCCCCAUCAUAGCUCACAAGAUUUUAGUGACUACUGAUAAUGCAGUUCGAAUGUUAACAAAUAGAAAAUGUUCUUAUUUCAACUUCGAACAGUUUGAUAAAAAGGCAUUUCAGUGUCUAAUAUCAUGCCUGAAUGUAGGCGCAAAAGUUCCGCUUUAUGAUAAUUUACUAUAUCUCACUGUAGAGAUCAUAUGUUAUCUUCAGUUAGAAGAGUCGAUAGUUAGUGACUUGAUACCUAUAAUUCCAAAUGGACAAAUGGCACCCUAUCUCAAAGUGAUGCAUACUCUCCUUUGCGCUAACUAUUGUGACACAGUCGAAAAUAUUUUCAGAAAGUGCAGGUUGCCUACUUUUUUGUGCAAAUGUGUAAGUCUAAGUUACCGCAAAUUUAAACAAAAUUACAGAAACGCCAAAAGGCACCAUGAAUGGUUUGUCACCAAAUGCCAGAUUCGGUGCAGGUGCAAAACAUGCUCCCAAUAUCAAUCGGAGAGAUUGCGUCAGAUGUUUAAAAACGACGAGAAUGCGUAUUCUAAUCCGUAUUAUGGCCCUUUUGAAAGAUCACCAUUGCAAAAUCUUCCAAUCUAAAUUCUAUGUGCAAGACACUGUAAAACAAGUCCCAGUUAUUUUUGGCAAAUAACUUAGCAGACACUUCAAAAACAAGUGAUUUUUUGAUGGGCCCCAGUCUAAAAAAUUAACUGCUCUCAUGGUAUGCAUUUGACUCGAGGUUGAAUUUUUGAAUUUUUGAAUUUUUGUUGAGGAGACAAUAAUUUUGUAUCGAUUUGAUAAUGUUUUUUUGGUACAAAGGGGUGGGGUUAAAAAUUUUCUUUCACGUCUUGAAAUAGGUUGCCAGGCUACUCAAGAUGCAGCAAGAUGAUAUAAUUAAUCAUAUGCGUGCACUAUAUCACACGUUGUACUAUUUUUUGUAUGUUUUCAUGUUUUUUCUUGAGAUAUUUCUUAUUCAUUUUCAAAAGUAAAUUACCCUGCAGUUUUACGAGCCUUGCCUUGAAAAGGAGUUGCCUAGUGAGCUAACCGAAAUUAUCCGUACACUUGUCAUGUUACUUUACAAUACCUCAUUGACUUCUUCUUCUUCUGAGUUCGAAAAUUCAGACACAUGCAAAACAGUCACUCCGUUUUCAGUAACAAGGUCGGCUAUCCACUACAUUUUCAAUGCGAACUGUGCCAAUUUGAUUACGCUUAUAAUCACGGUCUUUAUUAAGGUAUCGGUUUGCCCAGGAAAACUACGUGCUUAGCCGGAGAGGAAAUAAUGACGCAAAAGAAACAGACAAAAGAUUAGUUCAUUUUGAGAUGCGCAAGGCCCGCAUUUUGUUACAAAGGUAAACCAAUACCUCUACCCACGGUGAUAAUGCCUUUGCCAAAACCAACACGGAUUACAACAGAUAUUUUUAGUUUGUAAAAUAUUUGUAAAUGUAAUAAAUGUAAAAAUGUAAUAAAUGUAAUAAAUGUACCAAUUUUUAAUAUUUUGUACGACUCCAUUAUAAGACUUUUGGCCAGGCAUGGCUUCACUUCCUACGCAAUUUUUACAUCAGUCUUAACUCAAACUGUCCGCUCAUCACUCAUUAUGUAAAAGUUGCAUUCGCGAAAUCAGCAAAAUGUCUAAAUUACAUGGUCCGUUAUCAUACUGCCUUUUGUCUUCGUAGGACAGAAUUGGGAACCGAUUGAUUGGCGAAAAUGCCACAAUCUUUGUUGGAAAUGAAUAAAAAUUACCAUAGUGAAAUAUACAA